AUGGAUAUGUUCGUCGUCAUGUUUAAAAAAAUGUUUAUUUUUAUCUGUCUAUUACAUGGCUUUCUUUCAGUCAUCUACUGUGAAGUCUGUGUAGACUUUUAUUUUGGGUCAUCGCACUAUGAAGCUACAUUUGUGGAAACAGACUAUAAUGGUUUGAAAACAUGGAACGACCUUAAAGAAAUAUGUGAACAAUCAGGCUAUCAACUUGUAAGCAUAACCAGUUCAGAUGAAAACGAUGCAAUCUUGAACUUCCUCCAAGAUAAUUGCACACGUGGAAACUACGCCAUCGGAUUAUCCCGCCAGAUAGGAAUUUAUCCUCAAAAUGCUUGGAACUGGGAAUCCGGUGAUACUGCUAUGGAGUUGUUAUGGGGCAGUAAUGAACCAAAUGUUCCUGUUAAUGACUCUGCAGUAGUGUAUAUGACGACCCUGGAAGAAUUCGGACCUGGCAAAUGGUACGACAUUGAGAGUAUCGCGCUAAUAGGGUCUCAAACUGCAAAUACUGAAUAUGGUUAUAUUUGUGAAAAAUCAAUAACAACCACGCAGUUAUCCACGACUACUGAUGGCACGUCAAUGCAGUCAUUUUCUAGCAGUAUUAUACCGUUAAGUUCCACUUAUCGCAUGCAUACAUCAGUAGUAGCCACGGUAAAUGGUGAACCCAAAGACAGAACUGGUAUUAGUGAUGAGCCAAUUACGAAAACUAACACAGAAAAUCACAAAGAUUUGAUGAUGAUCGUGCUUGUAUCUGCGUCAUCCGUUGCAGCAAUUUUAGUCCUGAUUUUAGUCUGGUUUCGGAAACGAUUAUGUUGUAAGUCAAAGACCAAAAUGAACCCGGAACUUUUGAUGGAUGAUAUAGCUGAGGAUAAGCCUUGUGAUGUGCUGAGAGGUUCUACUAAAAACGGAUGCCGUGACGUUGAUAACGAAAAAAUGUUAAUGUGCAAUACGUUGUAUAACGUGCCUACAAAGAGGCCAGGACCUAAUGUGCCAUAUACCAUCCAUAUUUCAAAUAGUUCAUUCGAUAAUGCACUUGAGGCGGAAAAAUAUCCAGUGAAUCAAAGUUCAAGUGCGCAUGACAGAAAGAAUCCAUAUGGCUAUGAAUCUGAAGAGAAUCCUACAUACGAAGGUUAUCAUGAUGAAAAUUCUUACCGCAUUGAUGAUGGGAUUAAAUGCGACAGUGAAGGUGAAGAGGACAACCCGGCCUACGAUGCUCUUCCGUUUGAAGCAUCAUGUCUUUACUCUUCGCCGCAUGAAAUGGGUGAUGUUGCUAGCUCUGGUGAUCUAUCACAAAAAAAGACAGUCGUCAGAGCAAAGCAUGUAGGUAAUCUUGAUAAUGUAGCAGAUUCGAACAUAGAUGCUCUGUAUGCAAAACCUGACAUGUCAAUGUAA